AUGUGUCUUCCGACCAAUGCAAAUGUCACACGUCUAGAGGAUGUCAGGGAUGGCUUCAGAAGAAAAAGCUUCUAUGCUUCUCAUUAUGGGAGAGAGCGAUCCCCUCAUAAGAGGGACUCUCCUUUCUUCAGGGAGUCACCGGGGAGCCGAAGGGAUUCUCCACACAGCAGAUCUGGCUCUAGUGUCAGCAGCAGGAGCUACUCCCCUGAAAGAAACAAAGCCUAUCCUUUCCACCAGUCCCAGCAUAGCAGAACUAUGUCAUCUUUACAUAAAAGAAAUAUUUCUUCUCAGCAAGGUAAAGAAAGGAUGUCAGUUCAGUCACUGAAAACAUCAAGAGAUACAUCACCUUCAGGCUCCACAGCAGUACCCCCAUCUAAGGCCUUGGAGAAGAGCAACAGACUAUCAGAAAAGGAACUUGCAGAAGCCGCAAGCAAGUGGGCAGCUGAAAAGUCAGAGAAGGCCGAUGAAAGCAGUUUACCUGAAAUAACAGAGUAUGAUGCUGGAUCUUCCGCUCCAUUAUACAUCGAACAAACAGAGGAAACAGAAACAAAUAUAACGGAUAGCACGGAAUUAUAUGAGGAUGGCCAGCUUCUUUGCCGCUCAAAAGCAAUUGCAACUAAGACGAAGGAGAUUGAGCAG